GUUUUCUUUUUUCCCUUUAUUUUUAAUCUCUCUCUUUAUUACCUCUACUUUUCUGAUUAUUGCUAUCAAAAUGAAAACGGAUCUAGAAAUAGCUGGCUACACGGUCCUACCGCUUCGUUUGCCUCCGGCUGAAUGCAAGGGCGCAAAACCCGCAACACACUAUCUCUACCUUCGGCCUCACGAACCACGCAUUCCCGAUGCUGAUACCCCUCGAUCUCUAUUCGUAGUUAAUGCCCCCAUCGACUCAACAGAGCUGCACCUGCGCCACCUCUUUGGGACUCAACUGGCCGCCGGGCGUGUCGAACGGGUGCACUUCGAGGCAGUACCGACAAAGAAAAAAGGGGGGAUGGCCACAGCGCAUAGCAUGACGGCGAGCGUCUCAAAAAACAAAAAGAGAAAGAGGGUGACAGCCGAUGAGCUACAGAGUCACCUAGAUGAGGUCGAGCUACCAUCCGCGUGGGACCGGGAACUUCACAAAAGUGGUGCACAUGCCGUUGUUAUCUUUGUCGACAAGUCCAGCAUGGAGGCCAGCGUGAAAGCGGCCAAGAAAGCAGGCAAGAAGAAGGAUGGGGAGAUUGUUUGGGGCGAGGGCAUUGAGGAUCGUCUACCUGACCUGGGCUUGCAGCGGUAUCUCAACCAUGAACAGGCUCGGUACCCUCCCCGUGCGGAGUUGUUGCGCACGGUGAAUGAUUUCAUGACUGUGUUUGAGGCUGUUGCGGAUGCUAGGAAGAAAGAACAGGCACGCAGGGCACAGGAACCGGACGAGGAUGGAUUUAUUACGGUUACGAGUGGGCCGAAGCUCACGUCUGUUGCGCAUGAGGAUGAGGCUAGGGAGUUGGUAGAGAAGCAGAAGAAGAAGUCGCAGGGCUUGGAGGACUUCUACAGGUUCCAAUCCAGGGAGAAGAGGAAAGAGAGACAGAACGAGUUGCUCAAGAAGUUUGAUGAGGAUAGGAAGAAGCUGGAGGAGAUGAAGAAACGGAAGGGAAAGUUUAGGGUGAGUUUCUUUCCCUUUCCUACCUUUGGUUUUUCGUUCAAUGAGGGCCAAAGCUAACUCGUUCUUAGCCUGAGUGAUUUGUUCACCAUGUAUUGGCGUCUAUUCUUAGCAUGGCGUUUGGGAUGGAUUAAAAGUUUUGACUUCUCAUUAAUUUGAGGGUGUACAUGCCAGGUGAUUGGUACUUUCGUUCUUUCUUCCGGAUCUUAUGGUCACUGAGGUGUGAGGUUAGAUGUUGGUUGAUGAUGUAUAUACACCGGUAUACGAACAGCCAGAGCUGUGUCUGUAUCUAUAAUCAAGCCGGCCUUGUUUUUGUUCUAUUUAUGACGCACAGACCACCAACC